AUGUCUACUUCCACCGAACAGGAUGAAGACAUGAAAAUUCAGAGAGAAAACUGGGAAAUGAUAAAGUCGCACGUUUCAUCUAUAAUAUCCAAUUUAACAAUGGACAACUUGCAGGAAUCUUAUAAAGGCUUAUUUCAAGCCAAUAUAGUUCUUGGCCGCAGCAUUGUUUGUAAAAAUGUUGUGGAUUUUACUCUCAAGAAACAGAAUAACCGGCUACUUCCUGCUUUAUCCGCUUUGAUUACUUUGCUAAAUUCCGACAUUCCAGAGAUUGGUGAAACUUUAGCAAAAGAAUUAAUACUAACGUUCGUGAAGCAAUUCAACCACAAAGAUUAUGUGUCAUGUGAAAAUAUCCUUAAAUUUUUGUCCAUUUUGUUUCUUUAUGAUGUGAUACAUGAAAUUGUGAUCUUACAGAUUCUGUUGCUACUCCUUGAGAAGAAUUCCUUGCAACUGGUCAUUGCCGUGAUGAAAACAUGUGGCUGGAAACUGGCACAUGUUAGUAAGAAAACACACGAUAUGAUUUGGGAGAAAUUAAGAUACCUUUUACAAACGCAGGAGUUGCCCAGAAUGUUGCGUGAGUCGUUAGAGGGAUUGUUUGAAAUAAGGCAAAAAAAUUAUAAAUCUGAGUCCCAAGCUCUGCUUGUAUUGACCCCAACUAGUUAUACAGUUAAUACACACUCCUAUAUUAUAAAUGAUGAGGAUGAAGUCAACGAAGAACUUGGAAAUUUUGAAAAAUGUGUGAAUUUUGAUGAAAUGACCAAUAUAUUCAAUACGCUACGACAGAAACUCCUGAUAAAUAAUGAACCCGACACAAAUGAAGGUAGUAACAAGCAAUUGAAAAUUCAUGAUAUGACUUCUGCCGCUGAUGUCGAGUUUAAAAAGAAGAUUUAUUUGGUUUUGAAAAGUUCAUUGUCAGGUGACGAAGCGGCUCACAAAUUGUUAAAAUUAAAGAUUGCAAACAAUUUGAAAAAAAGCGUGGUAGACAUAAUUAUCAAAUCCGGUUUACAGGAAUCUACAUUUUCUAAAUUUUAUUCUAUUUUAUCUGAACGUAUGAUCACUUUUCACAAAAGUUGGCAGACAGCCUACAAUGAAACUUUUGAGCAAAAUUACACGCAGGAUAUCGAAGAUUAUGAAACCGACCAACUGCGAAUCUUGGGUAAGUUUUGGGGACAUUUGAUAUCUUACGAAUUUCUUCCAAUGAAUUGUCUUACAAUAAUUAAGUUAACUGAGGAGGAAUCGUGUCCCCAAGGAAGAAUUUUCAUCAAAUUUUUAUUUCAAGAGCUCGUUAAUGAACUGGGACUAGAUGAAUUGCAAUCAAGGCUGAAUUCCAGCAAGCUUGAUGGAAUGUUCCCGCUGAAAGGAGAUGCCGAUCAUAUAAGAUACUCCAUAAAUUUUUUUACAGCCAUAGGACUGGGUCUAUUGACAGAGGAGAUGAGAAGCCGGUUGACAAUCAUUCAAGAAAUUGAGGAUGCAGAGGAAGAAGAGAAAAGGCUGAAACAGGAGGAGGAACUUGAGAAAUUAAGAAAGAAUGCUAGAGAGUCACAACCAUCACAAGGGCCAAAAAUUCACGAAUCCAGAUUAUUUUUACAAGAGGAUACCAGGGAACAUAGUAGAUCGAGAUCACCAUUGCCAGUGGCGAGAAGAAAACGUGCUAGAUCCAGAACUCCACCGAGAGGUCCGAGAAACUGUCGUAACAGAUCCAGGACCCCACCUGCAAGAAGGCAACGAAAUAGGUGA